CUGGACAACAACAAAAAGCAUGGAUGACAAUGCAGAAGAAAUUAAGGUGAGAUUUUUUCGAUAUUUUUCAAAUAUUUUAAAACCAGUUAUGUUUGGAUGAAUUAUGUUGAUACUUUGAUAUACAAUCUUCAUUGUUUAACUUCUUUUAGGCGGACGAAACUGAUCAAAAAUCACAAAAAAAGGUCAGCAAUACUGCCAAUACAAUAUAUUCAAAAGAUUAUUAAAAGCAACUAUAUUUAAUAGCUAUAAUAAGUUUAAUAUAACUACACGUAUGUUUUUAGAUUGAAACAGCCGUGAAAUUUUUGCAAAAUCCCAGAGUUCAGGAGACACCAUUUAGUCAACGGAAAGCAUUUCUAGUGAAAAAAGGUAUGGCACUAUUGUCCUAAAGUUUGUGAGUUCACGGGCGGCAAUUUGUAAGAUUUGUUAAUCUUACAAAUCAAAUAGUUGAACAGCCACUUGUAGAACUUUGCAGUCGAGGUCCAUCUUUUGUUCCAACGCCUACAAGCAUAGACUGGAACGGUUUACAGCAAAGUUGGCAAGCUUUUAAACGAAAAGUAAGAUGGCGAGCGUUUUACCACUCUUCAGAAGAAACGGGGGGAAGUUUUGAAGUUAAUCCUCUUGAACCUCCACGUGAAAAAUCGACCAAAGAACCACCAUACGCUAAGGUUCCAGCCAUUGAGGUAUUUUUGAAUAGAGUUGAAAAGGACUUGUUUGAUACAACUAGAAGUAAUUAUGUGACGGACAAUUUAACAUCAGAAGAACGUAAGGCCUUAACCAAGUUUCGUUCCACCCCAGUGGAGGAGCGUAAUUUGAUCUUUUCCUGCUACCAUUAAGUUACAAUAGAGAAAUGUUUGGUUUUAUAAACGUGAACUUGAGUAACUAUGUGUCAGACCUGCCAAGUCGGCAAGUCUUACAAUUUAAUUGUGAGACUGACAAUUUUUGAUGCUUUGUUACGAUUAAGUCCCCAAAUCUCACGAUUUUCGGCAAAAUCUCUGAUAAAACCACAAAUGAUUCCAAACACGUACUCGUGGAAAAAAGAAAUAUGCUAUUAUUUUGUGAGACUUGACACUGGAAAAAACAGCCUAUUUAGCCUUGCAUUACGGUUAUAUUAACAAAAAAUAUAAAUGCAUAUUAUCCUAAGAUUGAAUAUCUAUUGAUUAUUUUCUAGUGUUAACCCUAGUCAUAUUAAUGAGCAAACCUGAAAAUUUCUGAAAUUGAAAGUCUUCCAAUUUUUCAGUCAAUAUCACAACUUUUUAGAUAGCAACUCACUAUUUCUGCUACUCAAGGGUUGGCAAGUCUGAUGUGUCGUUUGUCAGCCAUGGUCGUACUCGAUGGAUCGAGUCUUUCCUCUGAGUAUAUCCUUCAAAACCCACUGUGUAAAACUACCACUUUUCAAUCCUCCUACUAAUGGGUCGUUCCAGAAAAGAUCCACACUCCCCCACGGAGGAAAUUUCUGCCGUCCGGAGGGGGAGGGGAGACAAAAUUGUUUCUGAUAAUAGUAAAUGUAUUAGGACAUCUGAAGGGGGUAGGGGGGUUAACUUCCAAUUUCCUCUGUGAGGGAGGUAUGGAUGUUUUCUGGAAUGACCCAAUACGUAUCGUCAAGAUCUGGAACACUGUAUCUCAAGAAGUAUCUCUUGAUAGUCUCUCUAGACCUACUGUACUUCUUUUAAAUGUUAUCUCAAGCACAAAUAUUCAAUCUUAGUUAACUCUAUUUAUGACGUAGAUGUGUUUUGCAUGUGGUCUUUGACUCGGGACUGUCCUUGCCACAGGUCUUAACUGUAUUAACAUUAUGUAAUAAUGUUUAAUUAACAUUAAUAAUACCGUUAUAUAAUAUAUGACAUAAACAUAACACAGCAUAAUAUAGUUUGUAAACCUUGAGUGGGUGCAUUUACGAUUUGUGCCAGUUGUUUCCUGCAGUUUGUUUAUUAAGUAGGAAUACAAUGCAUUGUGGGAAGCAACUGGGGAUUUACUAACCCUCGAUUUUUAUGAGGCGUAUGCACCUCCGAGGUUUACUAGAACAGUAUAGAUUUUCAAGUAGAACAGUAAAUUUUUACUAAGUUUGGGCAGGUGCCUUGCAUGGUUCUUUGAGUCCCGUUUGUGCCUCGACCGUUUAGGGUGUCCUUUGCACAUAUACUUUGGCGGACCCUAAUAAAGACAAUAAUACUAAUAAUGAUAAUGUUAAUGAUAAUGAUGAUAAUAAUAAUAAUAAUAAUAAUAAUAAUAAUCUUAAUAUAAUACUUUUAGGAAUAUACUGUAACAUAAAACUAAUUUCUAAAGAUAACAUGUAUCAGGAUUCGGAUCCUAAGGUAAAUUUACAGAUGCCAAUUAAAAAAGGUACUACAGGAGGCACUACUAGGGGUAUGGUUGGAGGGUAUGUGCCCCAAAAAAUUUUGAAAAUCAGGCGUCUUACAUUGGCUAAAAAUGCAUUUGCCAUACAAUAUUCCAUAGAAUAUACUUAAAUUUAUACACUAUUGCACUAUUAAGAUGGAUGCUCUUAUAACUGUAUUUCUGAUGUCAUGCUGUAUGUACAGUACUUGUACAAUGCAGGUUACAUUCUUUCUAUUGGUUAGAUUUUCCCUCUGAAUUUCUCCCUUUAUUUAAAUUUUUACAACUAUCUUAGUUUUUCUUUCUUGGGGAAAUAUUUUCUGGCGCUUAAUUCCAAUAUGACUCUAGCAAAUUUUUUCCAGGUGCUCUGAACGUGUAGCCAACACCCUGUCCCAAAUAUGGCUUUUAUUGUGUAUAGAAGGUCAACCUCAUGUUUUUCUUUUGUUAGGUUUGACAGAAGAUGAAAUUCAAAAGGCUUUAGAGCUUUCACAAACUGCAGAUCCUGGCAAAGAUGUUAUUCCAAGGUGAAAUAUUUUACCUAUCCUCGCAUGUGUAUCCCACACACGUCACAAAAUGGGGGGGGGGGGAACUUUUCAACAUGUAUGGAUCUUGAUCAAAUGAAUAAAGAGGAUGGGUCUUGAUCAAAUGAAUAAAGAGUCUUGAGUUGUGCCAUUUGAUUGACAUUAGAUAGUUUUUCUAAUUAGAUAAUCAAAUUAAUCAUGUCAAUUAGCAUUGUUGUUUAAUGUACCAUUCAGUAACUGUCAAUUCUUUGUUUAAAAUAUUUUAUCGGUAGAGCUGUAAGGAAUCCCUACUGUAUAACAGAACAAAACAGAUUGUAUAAAAUGCAUAUGUUGUGGUAUCAUUGGCAUGCAUUGUACAUAACCAUAUGUUGCUUGCUAAAUUGCUAACUUUAGCUAAUAUGUUACGUUAUAUGGGACGGUAUGAUUGCAUACUUGCCACAUGCUCGUAAACAAUGAAUGUGGAUUGUGUUAUUUCAUACCAGACUUUUAUGAGCCUUUCAAAGUGUCCGCCACUGCGUGUAUCCUUCCAUUUUGAUAAGUACCCUAUUCAGGCCUAGGCAGGGUUUUUUCAGGGAUUUUUUGGGGCCGUUAAACAGCCCCAAAAACUCAAUCUUGAAUUGAGUUUUGAAACUCAAUCUUCUCACCAAAUUUUCAGUGCAGUAAAAAUGAAGUUGUUUGAGUUAAAUUCGUGACAUGUGGAAAUUAGUUUUCAGUUGGAAACCCGACAAUUAAGAAAAAAUGGCUGGAAUUCAUCUCACAACAUAAGAAAAACUAUGCAUUUGCCAUCUUUAACCAGUUUAUAGUGUCCCUUAGUGCCCCUGCUUUAACACAUUCUGUCUCGACUACAUUUAUUGAGUACAGGUGUCAGCCCCACAGCUAAACUCAAUCUUCUCUGCAAAAACGGACCCAAGAGAAAAUCCGGGAAGAAAACCCUGCUAGGGAAAACCAAUUUCUUUCUGUGAUCUCUGUGACAUGGAUAAUUACUGGUAUUGGAACUAGAAAACAUAGCUUUAUCAAUUAAUGUACUGCAAUUACCUAAACUAUAUAAAUGUAAUAAUUUUUUUCUUGAAUUAAGAAAUCCAGGUCAAGGCCAGGCUGUGUUUCCAGGUGUGGUAUUAAUAAAAUAACCCUACAUUUUUUUUACUCUGAACUCCUAAUGGUAAACCAUUUUAAAGGGAGAGUGCUGUGAUCUGUCAUUACAUCCUGUUAACCCUUUAAUAUAGUUUAUAAACUGAGAAUGUGGGAUAUAUAACUUGUACCAACUUGUUUGCUAGCUGAGGAGGUUUUCGAACAAGGUUUCAUCAAUUUCAAAGAUGGUCGAUCAAGAUUAUCCGAGUUUUGUCAACAAGUAAACUAAUUAUUUAUUCACAGGUUAUAACCUGUCUACAUCCCAUGGUACCAUCAGUGCAUGGUACAGGUACAUCAAAGAAAACUGACUCAACUAGUAAAUAAAUGGCAAUGCACCCUGAUGGGCCCUACUUUAUUAUCUUAUACAGGGGUGGAAAAAAUAGGUGAGCACGCGAGCACUUCUCGCAGGAAAUGUUAAACAGCUGCAGGAAAUGAAGAUUUGCUAUUGAAAAUUUGAAGGAAACCUUAACACCCAUGUUGCACAACAAGAAUAUAUGAUUGACAGACAUUAUUCCUUGAAUUUAAAAUCACGGUCAGAUAGAACACUAUAUAUUUAUGCACAUGUAGAUUUAGCACAAAAAUACUCCGUUGGUCUGCAGGAAAUUUUUGUCUCCAGGUUAUGCUCCCAGGAAGAAAAUUAUUUUUUCCCGCCCUGAUCAUAACUGUCCAACGGCAGAUAAUUUUACUUGUUAAAGGAAGAGUACUGCCAGUCAAUGCGCCAAAUAUUAAUAAUACUCUGCUGUGCUUUGUUUCGUAACUUACUGCAAAAGAUUAAAAAUAAGAGUUUACAUUUUAUUUCAUACAUUUUCCCAAUUCUCAGGCCAGCCUCCACCAUUCACACUGAGAUUGCGAGAUUUCUUUUGGGUUGCAUUAGUUGGUGGUAGUUUUGGAUACCUUCUCGCUCAUUUGGUCAAGGUACGUCUAAGGUUAAUCAAUUAUCUUAAGCAGAUAUUCACUGCAUACAGUAUUUCCAAUGUAUUAAGGCCUGUCAAAAAACAUCCUGUGGUUCCGGUUUAUAUCAUUCACAUUAGAGAUGUGGAUCGGAUUGGAGGUUUACAAUCCGACGAUUGGUAAUUUUUUCCGAAUCCGAUCCGAAAUUGUCUGAUCCGAAUCCAAUCCGAGUUUGCUAAAGCGUUCCGAUCCGAUAAAAACAAUCAAGUGUAUAACUGCAUAUCAAUGUCAAAGUUUUUAAUUUCUAGACUCUAGUCUUUGCAGAAGCCAAUUCGCAAUCUCACGUUAAAAGAACUCAGAUAUUUUAUUCUUUAGAAAUAGAGUUAAGCCCAGGGCAAACUACGUAGGAAACAUUGUUGCGGAAACAUUGUUUCCUACCAAUGUUUCGCCAUGUUUCCCUGAGUGGGCAAACACUAGGAAACAUUAGUGAGAAACAUAGGGAAACAUCAAAUGUUUCUGAAUUUGGUAUAGGAAACAUUUUGCUUCCUGGGAAGCAAAUUUUGUUUCCGCAACAAUGUUUCCACGGGUGGGCAAACAUGGAAACAUUUGAGGAAACAUUGUGAAUCACAAAUGUUUCCGCAACAAUGUUUCCUAGUUUGCCCUGGGCUUUAGACAAUAGACAGUUAGAAAUAAACAAAAUAGAAAACGGAAGCACCAUAAGCUUUUAGUUUUCACAGCAGCCCUGGUAAUCAAAGUCCGAUUCGUUCCGACUACGAAAAUACUAUUCCGAUCCGAAGUGAAUAUUACAGCUCCGAAAUCCGAUCGGGUCGGAUUUGUUUCGGAUCGGAUUUGCACACUAUUAUUAAGUGAGCAGACCUCUGAGUACCAAGAUAUUUUCUCCCGGUUGCUUCUUUUAAUUGUUAGGACGAAGUGGAAUAUUUUCCGAUUCACCUAUCUGGCAAGAAACGAUAAUCAUGUGAAAAUUCAGGCCUUAAAAUAUCGGUCGGUCACGGACAUUGUCCGACCCAUUCCUGAAAUUGUCCGACAUUAGAGAGGAAACCACCGGACAUUCUGUCCGUCCAAAGUGAAAUUGUGCUUUAUUGUUUGUCCGACCCGAGUGUAUUGGUGUUAGACCGAACUGUAGCUUUCUCCAACGUACAUAAAUCAAAAUGCACCAUCGUCCAGGACUAGACGCUUGUAUGUUAAAUGGAGAAGUAGAGUAUUGUAUAAAAAGUCAACCGGAAAAGUUGUUUUAAUGUAAUCGAGCAAGGGGCGGUGAGAGAAAUGGUGAAGUGGAAAACGGGCUUAAGUUGUCGAAGUGUUGUACUACACGCGUAAAGAUCUCUCACAUCUUG